AUGACUGUUACAUAUACCGCUGAAGUGGCGACUUGUCGCGGUUUUGGCACAUUUUUGAAGGUUUUAUAUAGAUGGCGGGGAAGUAUAUACAAAUUAGUAUGGCUGGAUCUGCUCGUGUUUUUAUUAAUAUAUUAUAAACUCAACAUUAUCUAUCGAAUGCUGUUAGAUGAAGAAUCAAAAAGGAUGUUUGAAGGCGUGGUAAACUACUGCAGUUUCCACGGCAAUGUUAUACCGCUGUCUUUUGUACUCGGUUUCUACGUGACGGUGGUGAUGAACCGCUGGUGGAGUCAGUACACUACUAUACCCUGGCCCGAUUCUAUCGCGGUCUUCGUGUCUGCAACUAUUCACGGACAGGAUGAACGUGGGCGACUAAUGCGGCGGACUAUUAUGCGAUAUGUCUGCCUUUGCCUUACUAUGGUGCUAACUAUGAUCUCACCUCGUGUUAAGAAGCGUUUCCCAACCUUAGAUAAUUUAAUCGAAGCUGGUCUUCUAUUAGACAGUGAAAAAUCAAUACUCGACAAUCUUAAUAGUAAAUUUCCUAAGCCCUCAAAACAUUGGUUACCCAUUGUGUGGGCGACAAGUAUAGUGACGAGAGCUCGAAAGGAAGGAAGGAUAAGAGAUGACUUCGCAGUGAAAACGAUCAUAGAUGAAUUAAACAAAUUUAGAGGGCAGGCUGGAUUGCUACUCAGUUAUGACACUAUAAGUGUGCCUUUAGUGUAUACACAGGUGGUCACUAUAGCCGUGUACUCGUACUUCAUAACUUCCGCAUUGGGCAGCCAAUGGGUGGAUAAUAAACUGCAGUCGACACGCAGCGAUGUCUACAUAAGUAAUAUAGACCUUUAUUUCCCCAUAUUUACUACUCUAGAGUUCUUUUUCUACAUGGGCUGGUUGAAGGUGGCGGAGACUUUGAUUAACCCAUUCGGAGAAGAUGACGACGAUUUCGAAGUAAACUGGCUGAUUGACAGAGAUUUACAGGUUUCGUACAUGAUCGUCGACGAAAUGCAUCAUGAACACCCCGAGCUGAUCAAGGAUCAGUACUGGGACGAGGUGUUCCCAUCGGAAUUACCCUACACAAUCGCUACAGAGAAUCACAGGGAGGAACAUCCAGAACCUUCUACGGCACGAGUAACGGUCCCCGUGAGGCAACGCAGUAUGGCCACUGUCGCACCAUCUAGCCUCAAGAUCGACGAAAUGGUCCCCUCGAACACCGUGAGUUACAAGUUCGCCCCGCCCGAGCAACUACAAAUGAACGAAGACGCAGCAUCGGGGAUCCACUUUAUUGUCUCCCGAGGCAGUAAACGCGGUAAAAAAGAAGACAGAAAUUCGAUGGGGUCAAGCAAUUCCAUGGCGUCUCUCCAACAAACUCCAAUGACACGAACGAAUUCCGUCACAUCUAUGCUUAAAAGAUUGUUUUCAAAGGAGGAUCAGAAACAAUCUGCUGUACCGGUGUCAACGCAGACUGAUGGAGGAACACGUUUUGUAAUAUCCGCAAGCAAUCCGACGUUGAAUAAACCGGCCGCGACUGGCGGCAGUAUGAAAAUCGCUAAUGAAGUGAUCGAGGAAGUGGACGAGCAGGCCACUAUUACCAGUAUGGGCAAACAGCGACAAGACAACAGACCAACGGCGAUGAGCUUAUUCACACAAGGACCGCUUAUCCCAAGCGAGCCAGUGAAUGUUCCUACACGAAACUCUAACCAUACCUCCGCAGAUGCGCGGCUGUCGUCAUCGGCGCCGGCGCGGUGGGAGGUGGCGGGGGACGCGGGGGGUGUGGAGGGCGCGGGCGACGCGCGCGAGCCGGACGCGCUGCCCGCGCCGCCGCGGCCGCGCCUCGACAGCGACGUGGGGCCUUCGCUCAGCGCCGCCGGCAGCCACACUCUCGUGGACGAAGUCGACGGCGUAGAUGAAGACGACCCUGAUACUGAUGACUUCGACCGACUCCGCAGUGAACGAGAACAAAAACGCCGUGAGAAGUACCGCCAGAAACUCAUGGCUCGCUCUGUUAGCGCACAGCAGCCAACCGGCAGUCAAGAAUUAAUAGACAAUGUUCUGUUAUUAGAAGAACUACUUAUGCAGUCUGAAGCAUUGAAGAAAGAGCAACCUGAACAAUAUUCCAAAGAUGAAACCUUUUGA